UUUGAGAGCAAAGCCGUCAUUUGAGAUGCCAUUGAUCAACAACGACUACAGCUACAAUAUCACUGCUUUCAGAAUUAUUCUUCAAGCAAUUUUACCAUCAAAUUUCUCACUCAACGUGUCAAACGAAGAACUUCAAUGCUUGAUUGAGCAAAAAAGAAAAAGUAUCAAAAUGAUCGCCCCUCCUGACAACUACACAUCGGACUGUGGAGGAGAAGCCCUAAUGGAUUUGGUGAAGAACUACUCUGACAACUAUCACUUUUACUGUUCAGUGUUAGUGUGUGUAUUCGGAAGUGUUGCUAACGUCCUGAACAUUGUGGUCCUCACGCGGAAGGACAUGGCUUCCGCCCCGAUAAAUAGAAUUCUCACAGCUCUAGCCAUCGCUGACAUGCUGCUAAUGAUUGAAUACAUUCCGUUUGCAUACUACUAUCACUUGGAGUUAUUCAAGAAUAGGGAUUUUCCCUACUACGGGGCUGUGUUUAUGCUAUUCCACAAUCACUUCGUGCAGAUUCUUCAUUCCAUAUCAAUAUGUCUCACGCUGACUCUGGCGAUUUGGAGGUUCAUGGCCAUCGGGUACCCCGAGAAAAACCACAUUCUCUGUACAGACAGACGAUGCACUUUCGCCAUCUGGACCUGCUACAUCCUCCCCAUAUUUCUCUGCAUCCCGAACUACUAUAUCUUCGAAAUAACCUCCACAGACAUUGAUGAGUACGGACAAAUAUUCACGUUGUAUCACAUCAGCCUCACCAGUAAUGUCAACUCGGACAAAACCCUCCUCAAAGUAAACUUCUGGUUCUUCGCAGUCAUCCUCAAGUUAUUGCCUUGUGCCAUUCUUACCAUAAUCAGCUGCUGGCUGAUACGCACGUUAUUCGUAGCCAAAAAACGAAAGCAAGUGCUGCGAGGUUAUGACUCGUUUCCUCUGACGGAGAACGGCAAAGAGCCGAAACGCAAAGGAACGAAGUCCGAAAGAAGGGCAGACAGAACGACAAAGAUGCUGAUAGCGGUGCUGUUGCUAUUUCUCGUAACCGAAUUCCCGCAAGGAUUAUUUGCCUUCUUCAUUGGGUUGAAGGGAAAGGAUCUGUUUCUGACGUGCUACCAACACUAUGGGGAAGUUAUGGAUAUGAUGGCUCUCGUCAACGGUUCAAUCAACUUCAUACUGUACUGCUGUAUGAACAGGAUGUUUAGGUCGACGUUUGGACAGUUGUUCAAGCCGAAGAUAUUGAAUAAGUGGGCUGGAACUCCCACUGAUAUUCGUGCAACAGCAUUGCCGAAUGGAACCAACACUACCACAACCCUUUGAGGGAUGUGGCAAUCCAGAAGAAUCCACAAGACGUUCAAAACUUCUUUUUGGUCAUCGGAUUCAAGACACUUCUCCUGUACGAGAAUUUGAUCAAGACUUUCAAGACUUCGAAACACUUAAUGUUCUGUGCUGUGAGAAAGGCGCGAUACUGAUAUAAAGUUUUCUAAUUUCAACGAACCUUUGACGUUACACAAGAAUUUAUCUUUAUGUCUAGAACUGAAUGAUUAUUCAUAUUCGACAAGUUGGUUGGAAGACCAUAUCAAAAGUUCUCAGUUUGGAGAAAUAGAGAAACAGUUUUUGGAACCCCCAAAAAACUUUUUGAUUUUCAAAGUUUGAAAUACUGAAAAUUCAGAUCGUGAAAAAAUUUCCUUUGGCGAUGACGAUAUUUAACGUCCUCAAGAUAAACAUUUCAUAGGAGUUCAUUAUAACGAAGGUAAAGACAAAGACCUGAAAAAAAAAUGUAAAGAAUAAAACUUGUAAAAUGUCAUCAAUCAAUUAUGAAAAUAAGAUACAAGAGAUUUAUUUUUCAAUAAUUUCUUAUAUUGAGAAGAG